UUUUCGAUUUUCGUCACUGACAAAUGUUUACUGAGAAGCAACAAUCUCUCUGUAAUUUCCUAGGCAACCGAAAUUGAUGUUACAUUGGUUGCCGCGUUGACGACGUUCAACAAAUGAAAGCAAGCAAAAGUUGAAAUUAAGAAUUGGAAUUGCAUUUGGAUUUGUUUGGGUUUGACGUUUGGUGGAGGAGUUCCAUAAAUGCCACAACUGUAUAUGCAAAGGCACUGAGGAGGAUUUGUGUGUUGUGGUGUGUGUGUGUGAUUCUGUUGAUUCUUGUGUUGUUAUGCCAUUCGAUGGAUGUAUUGUAGUUGCUGCCACCAAAGACACAAAUAAAACUUUUCACUUUUCGCAACAACGAAAACGAACGUCAUCAGCCAUAAAUUGGAGAAAUUAAGCAAGGCGGCGAAGUGAAGAAAGAAAGAAAAUUGAGACACAAACUUUAAGUAAAAGUGCGAUUAAAAAACGGAAGUUUUAAAAACAUAUUUGCCACGCAGACCCCCACACGAAUGAAACAGUAGAAAACAAAGAAAGGAAAGGGUUUCCUCCUUGGACUAUGACGCAAGAAUCUGUUCGUAGGUCAAAUGCCAGCUAUUCCAACAUGUAUGGCAGAGUCAACAACAAUAUGGCCCAUGAACGCAUGAAGGUGUACUUCUGCACCGACUUGGAUAAAUCAGUGCUGGUGAAUAAUUUUGAAAAGCGAGGCUGGAGCCAGGUCAGUGCCGAUGAUGAUUGGAAUUUCUAUUGGGCCGGAGUGCAGACAUGCCGCAACAUUUUCAGUGUGGACAGUGGCUAUCGCAUGAAUGACAAUCAAAUGAUCAAUCACUUCCCCAAUCACUAUGAGUUGUCGCGCAAGGACUUGCUGGUGAAGAAUAUCAAAAGAUAUCGCAAGGAUUUGGAACGUGAUGGCAAUGCUUUGGCCGAAAAGUCCGAUGGCAGCUGGUCCGGAGGCACUCGUUAUUUAUAUUUGGAUUUUAUACCGGUGACAUUUGUACUCCCCGCCGAUUACAAUAUGUUUGUGGAGGAGUAUCGCAAGAAUCCUCAGAGCACCUGGAUCAUGAAGCCAUGUGGCAAAUCUCAAGGUGCUGGCAUUUUUCUUAUCAAUAAAUUGUCAAAGUUGAAGAAAUGGUCGCGAGAGGCCAAAGGAGCCUUCCAUCCGCAGAUAGCCAAGGAGAGCUAUGUCAUCUCUCGUUACAUUGAUAAUCCUUUAUUGAUUGGUGGCAAGAAAUUCGAUUUGCGUUUAUAUGUCUUGGUCACCUCAUUUCGUCCUCUCAAGGCUUAUCUUUUCAAACAGGGCUUUUGUCGUUUUUGCACAGUGAAAUAUGAUACCAGCAUGACGGAGUUGGAUAAUAUGUAUGUGCAUUUGACCAAUGUCAGUGUGCAAAAGCAUGGGGGUGAAUACAAUUCCCUGCAUGGUGGCAAGUGGUCCGUCCAAAACUUGGCCCUCUACCUAGAGGGCACACGUGGCAAAGAAGUAACCGAUCGUCUGUUUGGUGCAAUAUCCUGGCUCAUAGUUCAUUCCCUGCGUGCUGUGGCUCCUGUUAUGGCCAGUGAUCGUCAUUGUUUCGAAUGUUAUGGCUAUGACAUUAUCAUCGAUAAUAAUUUGAAACCAUGGCUGGUGGAAGUGAAUGCAUCACCUUCUCUGACUUCGACAACAGUGACAGAUCGCAUUUUGAAAUAUAAAUUAAUAGAUAACAUAUUGUCCGUUGUCCUGCCACCAGAUGGUGUGCCAGAUGUUCGCUGGAAUAAAAUUCCCAGUGCUGAUGCCUUGGGAAAUUUUGAUCUGUUAAUCGAUGAGGAAUUGGCCGCCCAGGAGGAAGCCCAAAACAGUCAACAAAAUAAAAAUUCCAAAUCUAUGGGCAAUAGAUGGAAGUAGAGCUGAGUCGAUUAUAGAUAUGAAAUGUUAUAUUUAAAUUUUGUUUUUCAGAUACAAGUGCAAUUUAGUUUGUAAUAAAAAUUUAUUUAGAGAAAUUCGA